AUGAGAUUCAACUGUUGUUUCAAAGGCGAAAAUCAAGCACUGCAAGAACACUACGAAUUCUCAUUUGAAAAUAACGAGGGACUCAGUUAUGUUUAUCCAAAUAAUGUCCAAAUCCCUGGCAAUUGUAUUCUUCAAGCAAACGUGAAUGUUUUACUUGAUGAUGAUUUUGUGCCACAUGAAUCUCCGGUUUUGGAUUGGAACAUGAGGAUGAGAAUCGCAGUUGGUGUAACAGAAGUUUGGUUUAUCUACACGAGGGGCCAAAAAGUGAUUCACCCUGAUGUCAUGAUUGAAAACGUCUUACUUGAUGGUGCUUUUGUGCCAAAGUUGACUUAUUUUGGAUUGGCUACUAAGACCGUUAUAGACAAUCACGAGGCUGAGAUGCAGAGCGUGAUCAAUCCGAUCAAGGGAACUCUAGGAUGCAUCGCACCGGAAAUAGAUGAUUUUGAUUUGGUUUCGACCGAUUCCGAUACCUAUAGCUUCUGUUGA